AUGGCGGAACUAGAAGACCAGGCCCUGCUGACAUCACCCAUUGCACCAAUUUGCUGGUAUAGAAAAGUAGAUGACACCUUUGUAGUUCUCAACCCCAACGACAACCCUGAACACCUCCUCAGCCACCUGAAUUCCCAUCAUUCCCGUAUGCAGUUCACAAUGGAAGAAGAAUCUGACAACAAGCUCCCUUUCCUCGACGUCCUAGUAAAGAAAGAAGAGAACAAGCUCUCCACUACUGUCUACAAGAAACCCACCCAUAACGACCAGUACCUUCACUUUACCUCCAACCACCCACUACAGGUUAAGAAAGGCAUCAUAUCCACUCUCACCCGGAGAGCUAAGAACAUCUGCUCGACAACGGAAGCCCUAGAAACCGAACUUAGCCACAUCUGCCACGUCUUCGUCCAUUAUAACCAGUACCCCAGAAGCUAG